AUGGACAAAGUCUGUGCUAUUUUUGGAGGCUCCCGGGGCAUUGGGAGGGCAGUGGCCCAGUUAAUGGCUCAGAAAGGCUACCGACUGGCCAUCAUCGCCAGAAAUCUGGAACUGGCCAAAGCCGCCGCCGGUGACCUCGGCGGAGAUCAUUUGGCAUUUAGCUGUGAUGUUGCCAAAGAAUGUGAUGUCCAAAAUACAUUUGAAAAGAUGGAGAAAAAUUUAGGUCGAGUUAAUUUCUUGGUAAAUGCAGCUGGAAUUAACAGGGAUAGCCUUUUAGUAAGAACAAAAACUGAAGAUAUGGUAUCCCAGCUUCAUACUAACCUCUUGGGUUCCAUGCUGACUUGUAAAGCUGCCUUGAAGACUAUGAUUCAACAACAGAGAGGGUCUAUUGUUAAUGUAGGAAGUAUUACUGGUUUAAAAGGCAAUUCUGGCCAGUCUGUGUACAGCGCCAGUAAAGGAGGAUUAGUUGGGUUUUCACGUGCUCUUGCUAAAGAAGUAGCAAGAAAGAAAAUUAGAGUGAAUGUGGUCGCACCAGGAUUUGUUCAUACAGAUAUGACGAAAGACCUGAAAGAAGAACAUUUAAAGAAAAUUAUCCCUCUUGGGAGGUUUGGAGAACCUAUUGAUGUGGCACAUGCGGUUGUGUUUCUUUUAGAAUCACCAUAUGUUACAGGGCAUGUUCUGGUAGUGGAUGGGGGAUUACAACUCAUGAUAUAA